AUGGGAUUGGUGAAGGCUGCAAGUGUGGCUCUUGUCAGAAGUAUUGCAACCAUGGCAAAGCACAGAUUCAUUGAUAUCGGUGUGAACCUGACAGAUCCCAUGUUCAGAGGAGUCUACAGAGGGAAGCAGAAACAUGAUGAUGACUUCGAUCAGAUCAUCGACAGAGCUCUUAAAACAGGAGUUGAGAAGUUUAUGAUCACAGGAGGGAGCCUAGAGGACAGCAAGGAGGCCCUCAAACUAGCUGAGACCAGAGAUGAGUUCUACUGCACAGUGGGCUGCCAUCCCACCCGCUGCAGUGAGUUUGAGGUGAAUGGAGAAUCCCAGUACUUCUCAGGCCUGAGGGAACUGGCAUCAGCACACAAAGGAAAGGUGGUGGCCAUUGGAGAGUGUGGACUAGACUUUGACAGGUUGGAAUUUUGUCCUAAAGAGACUCAACUAAAAUACUUCGAGAAGCAGUUCAACCUCGCCGAGGAGACCAAGCUGCCCAUGUUCCUCCACUGCAGAAACUCCCAUCAGGAGUUCAUUGACAUCAUGAAGAGAAACCGAGACCGAUGUGUUGGAGGAGUGGUCCACUCAUUUGAUGGGCUGGCAGAAGACGCUGCUGCCCUCAUUGACCUGGAUCUCUAUAUUGGAAUAAAUGGAUGCUCUUUGAAAACAGAGGCCAAUAUUGAAGUGAUGAAGUCAAUCCCUAGUGAGAGGCUCAUGAUAGAAACAGAUGCUCCGUGGUGUAGUGUAAAGAACACCCAUGCAGGCUCCAAGCAUGUUAAAACAACAUUUCCCACAAAGAAGAAAUGGGAAGCAGGACACUGCCUCAAGGACAGGAAUGAGCCUUGUCAUAUCAUUCAAGUUAUUGAAGUAAUGGCAGCUGCAAGGGAGGAGGAUCCACUGGAACUAGCCAACACAGUUUACAACAACACAAUUAAAGUCUUCUUCAGCUGUAGCUGAUUACAGGAGAGACUGAAAGAUUUGCCCUUAAUGUACGUUUAUGAAUCCCCAUGUGCUUGUAAGUGCCUGAAUGACCGGUCUAUGGGGAAAACAUCAAAAUUUUUAAAGUUUGUCCUACUCUGAAAUAAUUAUUGUAAUGGAAAUGCUUUCCUGCAAUAUAACUUUUAUGUAAAUGCAAAAUUACUUUGUUUUUACAUAGCUUUUUUGUUGCCAACAAACAUUAAAGAUAAUAUAUGUGUAUAUGCAUGCACUGAACAUAAUGAUCAUAUG